ACAAAAACAAGGUAUUUAAGUAAUUUUAUUGUUUUACCUACCUUGCAUUACCUAAUACAUAUCCAAACACAAUUUUUUAAUUUGUUACCUUCAAUUACCUACCUAAUACUACCUCAAUCCAAACAUCCUAAGUGUAUUCGAACCUUUUUGUAAAGUCCAGAGGAUUGGGAGAGGGGACUCCGGGAAGAGAUUUGCCAAGCGUCUCUCCUUCUCCUCCUUGCUUCGUCUUCUCAACAUAGAGACAUAGGAAGAAUAAGCUCACUUGCGCACUUCAUCGUCCCCCCCCCCCCCAAAUAUAUAGAAAUACUCCGUAAGAUGUUGCAUCGGAUGCUGAUUUAUUGAAUUGGGGAUAAAGGAAAAGAAAAGAUGGUGGUUACAAACAGUUUUUAUUUAUGGCAGAAGGAUAUCUUCUUCUCCGCUGCAGAGGAAGUCCAGCAAUCUGCCGAUAUAAUGGAGUCAGCUUAUAGAACCUGGCUAAGAGAGAGGAGAGAAGGGGUUGCACCUCAGUAUUUAGAUGAAACCCGAAGAGAGCUUCAUAUUGCUUUAGGCACAGCAAAAUGGCAGCUGGAAGAGUUUGAGAAGGCUGUUAUGCUGAGCCAUAGGAAUCGAACCAAUAAGAUUACAAUAACCAGGCAUAGAAACUUCAUUUCUGCAAUAGAAACUCAAAUUUCAAGUGUGGAAGUAGCCUUACGGGAAUCAUACAACAAUGAAGGAAAGGAACCUCUUCUAUGGGUGAGCUUUGAUGAAAAUGAAUAUGAUGGUUUAGCUCAGUUUCUUUCUGGAUCCUCACAAACAAUGAAGGAUGAAUGUCCAAAGGUCUGUUGCACUAUGGAAUCUAUUUCAAAGGAUCCUGAAAGAAUGAAGCCUAUUGGUGUAAAUGCUGAAUCAGUGAAGAGAUAUCAUCUGAAUCAAGAUGUCAUCACAUGUAACAUGGCAGCUCAUUUCUCUGGAGAGCCGGAAAUUAUGGAAAUUUCUCAAUCCAGAAAUGAUAAAGAAUGUGAAACUGAUAUAGUGGUUAGUUCUGAGAACACACGAAAUAACAGUGCAUUGGAGAUUGUGAUUGAUAAUGGAUAUGGGCGAAUGGCUACAUCUAUGUCACAUAUUGAGAUUACACCCAAAGAAAAGGGUUCUAAACCUCAAUUUUGGAGGCCUCAAUGUGAAGAUCAUCAGCAAUCAAAGGGAAUGCUCAGAGAUGCAUGGUUGACGAGAUUAAACUUGAUAAGUCAGCUUUUGGGAAACCUUGCUCGCUGCCCCCCGCAAAUGCAGGCUCCAUUGACAUUGCGGUUCAGUUGUUUGAUUCGAUUAAUGCUUAUUUUUGCAUUGACCAUUUUCCUAGUGGCACCUUUCCUACUUUGUUCAGUUUAAGUGGAACCUGAGCUAGAGUUGAGGACAGACAGCCCUCGGUAGCAAUCUACGCCACGUGGGUUUUCUUUCUGAGCAUAUGGGCGCUUCUAGGAGGAGGAGAAAACUUUCUUGAACAUCUACAAAGGUAUGUGCUCCUCAUAAGUGCAACAACAUCGAGAAAUGUUCUCCCGAAUCUAAAAUUAACACCACCAACCAUUCAAAUGGAUAUUUUUCGAUCUAUUUAAACUGAAAUAGUAAAUGCAAUAUUUAGAAAUGUUAAUGGUGAUUGACUUUUUGUUCUUAUUAAUAAGUUGUAUGACGUGUCUUCAAAAGAGCGAAUGUGUAUUGUAGGUCGCUAUGUAAAUAGGAUGGGUUGUUGUAAUUGAACAGUUUGUGAGUGUUGUUUAGUGGCUCGAAUGUUUUAUUUCGGAAGAUAGCCCAUGCCUGCAUUCGAUAUUCGUUGUUUUGCUCAUUUGGUAAAAAUAUUGGUCUAUUUAAUUUGGUAAUGUGGUAGUGAAUGCUGUGGGACCAUCUUCUAAAUGCGUGAUAUUCUUCGAGCAAGAUAUGCCGUGGAACUUCUCAAAGCACUUAGGUCCUUCG